AUGGGCGUUAUGGGGAGCCACUGGAACACUAACUCUUUCCACAAUGAAACCAGUGAGUACGGUGCUCCUAGAAUGAAGAGGAAAACGACAAGACUUCAUUACGCUGCGCACGAUGGAGACUGCUUGAGGAUUGAAAGCCUGUUGGCGGUAGGAUUCGAUAUAGAAGCGAGAGAUGCUUACGGCAGGACGCCAUUGCUGAGAGCUGCACUUAAUGGACAUAUUGACGCCUUUGAUUUACUUCUACGAUAUGGAGCAGACUUCAACGCAGAAGAUGAUUGGGGUAGAAGAGUUGAACAUCUUGCUGUAAAAAAUGAUCACUGGGAUCUUUUAUGUUUUAUUUUGGAAUGGGGAGGAGAGGGUGUACUUUACAGUAGGGACAAUUUCGGUAGAACUCCGGCUCAUUUAGCUUCAUUAAAAGGAAAACUUGAUGUUUUAUCUGCAAUAAUUUCUUCAAAAUUUAAUAUAAAUGUCAAAGACAAUUGGCAUAGAACACCACUUCACUUAGCCUAUAAAAGUGAGAAUAAUGAAACCGCUGAAUUUCUCAAAAAGAAAGGAGCUGACAACAAAUGUGUGGAUCUAUUUGGCAGAAGACCUGAAGACAUGUAAUAAAAUAAAAUUCAUUACAUUCACAGCUAAGGCGGACUACUAAUUUAGGAACCCAAAGCAUGGCCAAACUCUUCACCUUCAAUAACAUUCAAAUAUUGAAAAUAAGAAACCAAAAUUAAUAAACUAUUGUUAUUUAUAUAUCUGCGACAUUUUAACUCAAUUGACGUUUUUACCCCAAAAAGGACUUUAAACAUUUAAAAUUGAUACACAAAUUUAAGUUCAAAGUAAAAUCUUUUCUGUUCUAUACAGUUAGAGACAGUACUAUUUAAAAGAAAAUUAAUAUUUAAUAAACAAUGAUAAAUUAAAUGUUUCGCUUGUGGAUGAAUGUAGCUUCAUUCUGCAUUCACGUUUUGUUGAGCUCUCCUUUUGCUAUUUGUGGCAGAAGUAGAGCCGGUGAUAUAUGUUAC